AUGCCUCAAAGAACGAAUCUCUCUUUCUUUCACAACCCAGAUUUCAGAAUGCUGCAGCAAAACCCUUCUGAAAUUUCCUUCCAAUCAUUUGAUAUUAAUCAUGAUUAUCUUCCCUAUAGUACGCUCGAUUUCUCAUCGAGUUCGCAGACAAAGUCUACCAAGUCCAUGAAGUCAUCUCGAGAUAAAGAAGUAUUGCCGAAUAAUAAGACGGGUGAAAAGUCAUAUAUAGGUGUGAGAAAAAGGCCUUGGGGGAAAUUUGCUGCAGAGAUUAGAGACACAACAAGAAGAGGGAAAAGGGUUUGGCUUGGAACCUUUGAUAGUGCUGAAGAAGCUGCUUUAGCUUAUGACCAAGCUGCAUUUUCAAUGAGAGGUGAUAACGCUCUUCUCAAUUUUUCAGUUCAAAGGGUCAAACAAUCUUUGCAAGAUAUUCAAUAUGAUCCUUGCUGUAAUAUUGAGUCUUUUUCACCUGCACUUGCACUCAAAGAAAGACAUUAUAACCAAAGAAAAUUAAUGCCAUCAUCAUCAAAAGGUAAAAAGGGUAAAGGGAAAUUACAAGAAUCAGAGGAAUCAUCAUCAAGUGUGUUGGUGUUAGAGGAUUUGGGAGUUGAAUAUCUUGAGCAACUUUUAACUAUAUCUGAUCAUCAAACUAUAAGCUCCACCAACUUCUAA